GAAAAAGGCGGAAGCGUGCAGCAAGAAGAGCGAGACAAACUAACUAACAAUAGCUACCAGAGAAAGACCAACUAACUAACAGUAGUUACCAGAGAAAUACUAACUAACGAACACUAGUUACCAGAUAAAGACUAACUAACUUACAAUAGUUACCAGAAAAAGACUAACUAACAAUAGCUACCAGAGAAAGACUAACUAACUAACAGUAGUUACCAGAUAAAUACUAACUAACUAACUAACACUAGUUACCAGAGAAAGACUAACUAACUAACUAACAAUAUUUACCAGAUAAAUACUAACUACUAACAAUAGCUACCAGAGAAAGAGAAAGUAACUAACAAUAGAGAAAGGUAAAGUAAGAAUAGUAGUGGUCGCUGGGAAGAAGAGAAGAUGCUAGAAGAGUUGGUGAAGGAGCGUCUGAUGGCGGCUGCAGAUGACAUACUGGCUCUGUUUGCUAGAACCAUCGCCUCUUACGAGGACCAACUCAGUCGCAGCAGAGAGGAGAAGAAGGAGGAAGUUAGUCGCAGCAGCAGAGAAGAGAAGAAGAAGAAGAAGGAGCGACAUGGCUUGGAAGAGCUCUGCAGAACUGGCCUUGUGUUGGACAAUGAAGAUGGACGUCCUCAAAGGGGGAGCUCCACCCUGGAGCAACAUGAGCCACAGCCCCCUCACAUGAAGGAGGAAGAGGAGUGGAGCACUCAGGAGGAGGCUUAUGCCCCCGAGUGGAGCGUUGUGUGUGUGAAGGAUGAAGAGUCCUCACAGCUUCAUGGCAGUGAGGAGACCAGGGGGGCGGAGCCUCCAGGAGCAGACAUGCUGUGGUCCCACCCCCCUGAGGACCAGCACACCCAAGGAGAAGGAGCGGAGGUGGAAGGUGAUGUCCAGAAAGGUUGUGGCAGGAAGCGAGUGACUUGUUCUGUUUGUGCUCAGAGUUUCUCCAAGAAGAACAGUCUGACCCAACACAUGCGCUCGCACACGGGGGAGAAACCUUUCAGCUGCUCCGUUUGCCACGAACGCUUCGCUCGAAAGCCCUACUUGGUCACGCACAUGAGGACGCACACGGGAGAGAAACCCUUCAGCUGCCCCGUCUGCGGCCGCAGGUUCUCGCAGCAGGGAGCCAUCAUCUUUCACAUGCGCACGCACACGGGAGAGAAACCUUUCAGCUGUUUGGUUUGUGGCGAACGCUUCGCUCGGAAGUCCAACAUGGCGUCGCACAGGCGAACCCACUCGGGAGAAAAACUCUUCAGCUGUUCGCUGUGCGGGCAACACUUCUCUCACCAGUCCCAUGUGGCAAAGCACCUGGAGAAACACCACUGAGAGAAACCUUUUAGCUGCUCAGCAUCACAAAAAGGUGCUGUUUGGAUGUCCCGUUAAAGACCAUUGGAGAUCAGUCCAAGGAAGAAGUCUGUGAUAGUCAUGGAAUUCAAGAAAGAAAUCAUGACUUCUUGUCACAAUGUGUGUUGUGUCAGUGUGUACUCUACUGCUUGUGGAAAGUGUCUCAAGCUGCAAAGGAACAGAGUUGAACUUUCGUUUUGCUUUGAAGUAACCACCUUUCCAAGUCGCAGCCAGGGACCACAAUCCAAAUUAAAAGUGUUUGUUUUUGAACCAGUGAAAAAAAUGCAAAAGUUUUUACUCUCAUUGUCUAUUUCUGGUCCUCAAAUUCUUCCUGCAGGGCAGACAAUCCCAUGUUAUCCAAUAUCACAAAAGACUGAGUGUCCACAUUCUGUGGCAGUUUAGGCGACAUUGAAUGCCUGCCAGCGUCUUCCCUUUGGUAAAUACACCACUCAGUCCAGUCAGCAGGUGUCCUGUGACCAUGGUCUUCAUAGGUCCACAUCCUCCGCUGAAAGCCUCGCCAGGCACACAAGCCUCCACUUCUCCCAGGAGUCCCUCCUGUGUCCAGCAACAAUCAAGACAGGCACUGAACUCAGAAUCAGAAAUACUUGAUUAAUCCCCGAGGGGAAAUUACAAUUUUCAGCACAAUCCCAUUCAAGAUUAGACAAACAUUACAGGGAGACAGAACAGGACUGCUGACGGGUCUGCCAACUUCCGGCGC